CGGACCCAGAAAUGGCCGACUCAAACGGGACGCUCACCCCCACGAACUGGCGAUACUCGCCACUCCAAAUCAGAGCCUCCUCCGUCAUCUACCCGCACUUCCCAGGCCUGCAAGUCUGCUUCCUCACCCGGGGGCGGUUCGAAGACGCCCUGACGACCUACGUCACGACGCGGAUCGAAGACUCGCGCGUGGUCCUCCAGCGCCUACCGAGACAAGAUGAGGUAGACGCGUGGACCGAGCUCGGCAGCACGGCCAUCUACGGCAAGCGCGUGGGGUGGCCACUUGGCGUCAUCGGAGGCGCAGUCGUGUCGUACAAGACCGCGAAGAACGCCGACUGGUACGAGCCCUACGUGCGCGACAGCAAGGGCCCACCGGAGAGCUCCCCGGUGUCCCGGGUGCUAUCCCACCUGAACCGCAUGGCGCAGGGGUUCGGCGAAUACUGGCGGGCGGAGCCGUUUUCUGCGGGGAGGUCGUUGGGGCUGUCGACGAUCCGGUUGAUGUUCUGGGGGUUCGGGGCGACGUUAGUAUUGCAGUCGUUGAUGAACUACAAGGAGAUCGUGACGACGACGACGGACCCGCGGUUGAAGGACUUUUGCGAGUCGUUCAAGAAGCAUUACAAGGACGUGGGGAACCAGAAGAUGAAGCAGGAGGUUGCCAUGGCUAGGAGGAGGGCUGCUGGGCAGCUCCCGCAGCCGUCGGAGGGGGACGAGGCGAGCCCGGUGGCGGAUGAGACGGCGCAUGGCUCGUGGGAGUCCUCUUCGCGGGAUCAUCACGCUCGGGAGACUUCAUCUGGCUCCUCGGAUGCCCAGACUGCUGGAUGGGGAUCUUCCGCCAAGAAAGCCGAGUAUGCGAAGCGCGACGCGGAUACGAGCAGGGACGACGAGGUCAGCGCGCCGCGCGACAGCGGCAAGACCUUCCUGGACGAUGACGACGACGCCAGCCCGGUGGCAGCAGAGUACCGGGGUGCCCCCGCCUCCGGACCGGUAUCGCGGAGCACGUUCAAGACAGGCGCCUGGGAUCGGAUCCGGGCCGACAACGGGACGAGAACCACCAACCCGCAGUAUUCGACUUCCCCGACAGACGCAUAUAUCAAGCCCAGCCCGUAUUCACGUAAAGCAGGCGCAGACGGCAACGGCAGUUUGAGCGAGCGGGAGAAAGCCCGGGAGGAGUUCGAUCGAUUGCUUGAGGCUGAGAGGAAUAUCUCGACCGAGCCGAAUGAGCGGAAGGGGUGGGAACGUUGGUGAUUUGCUCGUUGGGGGUGUAUGUAUCUAACUACUG